AUGGUGCAGGAAUCAUUAUCAAGGGAACUACAAAUCGAGCGGGAUAAGAAUAAGUCUCUGACUGAGAGGUUUGAGGAUGUGGAGAGGCAACUCGAGCUUGCAAUUAAGGAGCAAGAAGCAACGGUAGAGCUCUUUGCAGAAGAAAGGAAGUGCUGCGACCAAGAAGAGGAAAACCUGAAGAAGAAGCUCAGGGAGGCCUCUGCCACCAUUCAGGACCUGAUGGAACAGCUCAAUGCUGCCCGGAACUGCUGCAAGAGAAAGCAGCAGACGAAGCAACUUCACCCCCAGUAG